AUGGCCCUGACAGUCAGGAAGAAGAUGAUGACACUUCCUCUAGCCCUGCUGAUGAAAGUGACAGUGACAGCCCUGACAGUCAGGAUGGUGAUGAUACUUCUUCUAGCCCCGCUAGUGGAAGUGACAGCGGCAGCUCCAACAGUCAGGAAGAAGAUGAUGACACUUCCUCUAGCUCCGCUGAUGAACGUGACAGUGACGGCCCCGACAGUCAGGAUGGUGAUGAUACUUCUUCUAGCCCCGCUAGUGGAAGUGACAGCGGCAGCUCCAACAGAAGAAGAUGAUGACGCUUCCUCUAACCCCGCUGACGAGAGUGACAGUGACAGCCCCGACAGUCAGGAUGGUGAUAAUACUUCUUCUAGCCCCGCUAGUGGAAGUGACAGCGGCAGCUCCAACAGUCAGGAAGAAGAUGAUGAUACUUCCUCUAGCCCCGCUGAUGAGAGUGACAGUGACAGCCCGAACAGUCAGGAUGAUCAUGAUACUUCUUCUAGCUCCGCUGAUGAAAGUGACAGUGAUGGCCCCGACAAUCAGGAAGAAGAUGAUGACACUUCCUCUAGCCCCGCUGAUGAGAGUGACAGUGACAGCCCGAACAGUCAGGAUGAUCAUGAUACUUCUUCUAGCCCCGCUGAUGAAAGUGACAGUGACAGCCCCGACAAUGAUGACACUUCCUCUAACCCCGCUGAUGAAAGUGACAGUGACGGCCCCGACAGUGAGGAUAAUGAUGAUACUUCUUCUAGCCUCGCUAGUGGAAGUGACAGCGGCAGCUCCAACAGUGAGGAAUUAGAUGAUGACACUUCGUCUAGCCCCGCUGAUGAAAGUGACAGUGACGGCCCCGACAGUGAGGAUAAUGAUGAUACUUCUUCUAGCCCCGCUGAUGAAAGUGACAGUGAUGGCCCCGACAGUGAGGAUAAUGAUGAUACUUCUUCUAGCCCCGCUAGUGGAAGUGACAGCGGCAGCUCCAACAGUCAGGAAGAAGAUGAUAACGCUUCCUCUAGCCCCGCUGAAGAAAGUGACAGUGACGGCCUCGACAGUCAGGACGGUGAUGAUACUUCUUCUAGCCCCGCUGAUGAAAGUGACAGCUCCAGCAGUCAGGAAGAAGAUGAUGACACUUCCUCUAACCCCGCUGAUGAGAGUAACAGUGACAGCCUCGACAAAGAUGAUGACACUUCCUCUAGCCCCGAUGAUGAGAGUGACAGUGACGGCCCCGACAGUCAGGAUAAUGAUGAUACUUCUUCUAGCCCCGCUGAUGAAAGUGACAGCUCCAACAGUCAGGAAGAAGAUGAUGACACUUCCUCUAGCCCCGCUGAUGAAAGUGAUAGUGGCAGCUCCGACAGUCAGGAUGGUGAUGAUACUUCUUCUAGCCCCGCUAGUGGAAGUGACAGCGGCAGCUCCAACAGUCAGGAAGAAGAUGAUAACGCUUCCUCUAGCCCCGCUGAUGAAAGUGACAGUGACGGCUCCGACAGUCAGGAUGAUGAUGAUACUUCUUCUAGCCCCGCUGGUGGAAGUGUCAGCGGCAGCUCUGACAGUCAGGAAGAAGAUGAUAACGCUUCCUCUAGCCCCGCUGAUGAAAGUGACAGUGACGGCUCCGACAGUCAGGAUGAUGAUGAUACUUCUUCUAGCCCCGCUAGUGGAAGUGACAGCGGCAGCUCCAACAGUCAGGAAGAAGAUGAUGACACUUCCUCUAGCCCCGCUGAUGAAAGUGAUAGUGGCAGCUCCGACAGUCAGGGAGAAGAUGAUGACACUUCCUCUAGCCCCGCUGAUGAAAGUGAUAGUGGCAGCUCUGACAGUCAGGAAGAAGAUGAUAACGCUUCCUCUAGCCCCGCUGACGAAAGUGACAGUGACGGCCUCGACAGUCAGGAUGGUGAUGAUACUUCUUCGAUCCCCGCUAGUGGAAGUGACAGCGGCAGCUCCAACAGCCAGGAAGAAGAUGAUGACACUUCCUCUAGCCCCGCUGAUGAGAGUGACAGCUCCAACAGUCAGGAAGAAGGUGAUGACACUUCCUCUAGCCCCGCUGAUGGAAGUGACAGUGACGGCCCCGACAGCCAGGAAGGUUUUGACACCUCCUCUAGCCCCGCUGAUGGCCACACCAAUGAUGUAUCAGAUUCCACCAGCGAAGACGACACCAAUGAUGUAUCAGAUUCCUCCAGUGAGGAUGACAGUGUCUCCGGCGGAGAUGACGACACCAAUGAUGUAUCAGAUUCCACCAGUGAGGAUGACAUUGUCUCCGGUGGCGAUGACGACACCAAUGAUGUAUCAGAUUCCACCAGCGAUGACGACACCAAUGAUGUAUCAGGUUCCCCCAGCGAUGACGACACCAGUGAUGUAUCAGAUUACUCCAGUGAGGAUGACAGUGACACCACAGCUAUUGAUUGGUGUGCAAUCGACCCUUGUGAGCACGGUGUGUGUUCACCUGAUCCAGUGACGUUCUACAAAUGUACCUGUGAUUCGGGAUUCACAGGGAACUUUUGUGAGACAGCAAUUGCAGAAAGUGAAGAUAACAAUGAAAGUAACGUUAGCAACCCGGACGACGGGAAUGACAGUACAACAACAAGUGAUGAUGACACCACUGAUGUAUCAGAGUUCACCAGCGAUGACGACACCAAUAAUGUAUCAGAUUCCACCAGUGAGGAUGAAAUUGUCUCCGGCGGAGAUGUAUCAGAUUCCACCAGCGAGAAUGACAUUGUCUCCGGUGGCGAAGACGACACCAAUGAUGUAUCAGAUUCCACCAGUGAGAAUGAUAUUGUCUCCAGUGGCGAAGACGACACCAAUGAUGUAUCAGAUUCCACCAAUUCCGCCAGUGAGAAUGACAUUGUCUCUGGUAGCGAAGUCGACACCAAUGAUGUAUCAGAUUCCACCAGCGAGGAUGACAGUGUCUCCGGCGGCGAUGUAUCAGAUUCGACCAGCGAGGAUGACAGUUUCUCCGGCGGAGAUGUAUCAGAUUCCACCAGCGAGGAUGACGGUGUCUCCGGCGGCGAUGAUGACAGUGUCUCCGGCGGCGAUAUAUCAGAUUCCACCAGUGAGGAUGACAGUGUCUCCGGCGGCGAUUUAUCAGACGACACCAGCGAGGAUGACAGUGUCUCCGGCGGCGAUGUAUCAGAUUCCACCAGUGAGAAUGACAUUGUCUCCGGUGGCGAUGUAUCAGAUUCCACCAGUGAGGAUGACAGUGUCUCCGGCGGCGAUGUAUCAGAUUCCACCAGUGAGGAUGACAGUGUCUCCGGAGGCGAUGUAUCAGAUGGAAAUGACAGUGGCAGCUCCGACAGUCAGGAAGAAGGUGAUGACGCUUUCUCUAGCCCCGCUGAUGAAAGUGACAGUGACAGCCCCGACAGUGAGGAUAAUGAUGAUACUUCUUCUAGCCCCGCUAGUGGAAGUGACAGUGACAGCCCCGACAGUCAGGAAGAAGAUGAUGACACUUCCUCUAGCCCCGCUGAUGAAAGUGACAGUGACGGCCCUAACAGUCAGGAAGAAGGUGAUGACACCGCCUCUACCCCCGAUGAUGGAAGUGACAGCGACAGCUCAGACAUUCAGGAUGGUGAUGAUACUUCCUUUAGCCCCGCUGAUGGAAGUGACAUCGACAGCUCCGACAGUCAGGAAGAAGGUGAUGACGCUUCCUCUAGCCCCGCUGAUGAAAGUGACAGUGACAGCUCCGACAGCCAGGACGAAGGUGAUGACACCGCCUCUAGCCCUGCUGAUGGAAGUGACAGCGACAGCUCAGACAUUCAGGAUGGUGAUGAUACAUCCUCUAGCCCCGCUGAUGAAAUUGACGGCGGUAGCUCCGACAGUCAGGACGAAAGUGACGUUGCCACCUCCGACGACGAGAAUGACAGUAGCUCAACAUCCUCUGAUUAUGACAGUUAUGAUUACGGCCCAAACUUCUGUGUACCAAACCCAUGUAUGAAUGGUGGGACGUGCAUUGGCUCUGGGUUUUACUACGAGUGUUCCUGUACCCCGGGAUUCAAGGGCCACUUUUGUGACGAAGUUGAUGACAGCCCCAGCGACGUUGUUACGUCUGGCGAUGAAGACGAAAGUGAUGCCCCCACGUCCGACGAUGUAGAUGGGAGCGACGCCUCUUUGCCUGGCGAUGAAAAUGAAAGUGAUACACCGACAUCAGAUGAUGAAAAUGAAAGCGACGUCCCCUCAUCAAGCGAUGAAGAUGAAAGUGACGUUCCAGCGUCAGACGACGAAGACGAAAGUGACGUUCUAGCGUCAGACGACGAAGACGAAAGUGACACAUCUUCUUCCGGCGAAGACGAAAGUGACACACCAUCUUCUGACGAAGACAGUGAAGACAACUGUGAUCCUAACCCAUGUCAAAACGGAGGCACAUGUUCAGAUGAUGGGAACUCGUACACAUGUUCAUGCGGACCCAAAUUUGAGGGUCCGUUGUGUGAAACAGAAAUAGAUUUCUGCGACCCUAACCCGUGCCAGAAUGGAGCGACGUGUAAAGAGGGUGAUGACUCGUUCAUUUGUAUCUGUGCCCCGGGAUUCAUCGGUCGCAUCUGUGAUAUAACAACGUCAGUCUGCAUGGUCUAUGGAGAUCCUCACCACAAGACGUUGGACGGAUUUCACCACCACUUCCAAGGUUGGUGCAGGUACACCUUGGCCAAGGAUCUGGGGCUCGACGCCGAUUUCAACAUCGAGGUACAAAACGAGCCGCUAGAGUUCAUUCCUAGCGCUUCCGUUGCAAAAGAAGUGUACCUUGAUGCAUACGGGUACCGCGUCGGCAUCCUUCAAGGCAAGACUGUCAAGAUUGGCGACGAGGUCGCGACGCUCCCCUUCAGUCUGGCUGACGGCAAGAUUCGGGCGAAGCGGCGAGGAAGGUUCGUCAAGAUCGAGACGGAUCUCGGAGUGGCGCUGUCCUACGAUGGGUACCACUAUGCUGAGGUUGUGGUCCCGUCGAACUACCAGAACCGGGUUGGCGGUCUGUGCGGUAACUAUAACGGGGACCCGAGCGAUGAUUACACGUCGCCAGACGGAACGAUCGCCUACGAUUGGAACACCUUCGGACAGAGCUGGAUCACAGACGUAUCGACGUGA